AUGCAAGCAGUGAAUGCUGUCUCGAAAAAGCUGGCUUCUGCUCUUGACGAGAACACUUCUAUUGGAAGCCGCCAAGAGGUGGAAACCUGGGCAACGUCUGCGAGGGACGGGUUGCGAGAGCUCAGGAAGCUUGGAUCAGCGCGUACGGAUACCGAACGAGCAGCAUCUAGUAUUGCCGGAAAGUUGAUUACUUUAGAGAUGGAUAACAUAGCGCUUCAAGUAUUAGAGGACAUGCGGCCAGCGCUCGUUGCUUUCUAUAGACCGGACUACGACUUCUCGCAAGAACGGUCUCCGAUGCACCUCCUAACGCUCCCAGCUCCUGCUGCUGACAUGAACCCUUCUGAUAUCGUUCUCACACUUGUUGCCACAUUCCUCCUCCACUCAUUCACCUUAGCUUGCCGACGCCAAACAGGAUUCCCUACAUUCGUAACCGCUCUUCAUGAUCCCUCAUUCCCCACCCUCUUAGCAUGGGCACCACGCUUCAUCAACCUUCCUGCCAAACAACAUGACGCUCUGUUCACGCGAGCAUACACGUCAGCCGCAAAGAUGGCCUCUACAUCAACAGCGACGCCCGAGGAGAAAUUCCAACUGAAGAAGUUCGCCUUAUUCUGCCUUGCCAACACACGACCUGGUGUCGUGGUGCCGGACACUUUCUGGGAUCAGGCUGUAAGAUGGGCUCGCGCAUAUUACACAGAGCGCGGACCCGGAGAUGACCCUGACGUCGUAGUCAAGUUCGCUUCCCGCAGUGCUGAAGAGCUGCUGGGUCAUGCGAUGCAACGUAGCGAUGCAAACACCUUCAUGAGUGGGAAGGGUUUCAUCCGGUUUUGCGAAUCAUGGGCGGGAUGGGCGAAGCAGGCCGGCGAUCUCAAGAUGUUGGACAGAAUCAUGGCAUUAACGCGCAAGCAGCACACAACAACUGCAGGUGCUCGGAUGGAAACGCUGCCAGCGGCUGAACACGGAGUGCCUACAGCCUCUCCUCCAGCGCAGUAUUUGAGAGGUGGUCAGGAUGCCGCCUCGUCCAUUCAAUCUGCCAGCGCGGUUCUCAUAUCCGGACUCUCAGCUACUGGCAGAGGAGAUCGCGAACUGAAAUCCAACCAGGAGAAAGUCAGACGGGCACUCGAACGACUGCGUCGGACAGUCCUCAAGAUAGUCGAGUCGUCCCCGCGAGAUAUCUCGAACACGCUCGUUGGUCUUGUCGAAUAUCAGUGCUCAAGUGGGCAACUUAUCGUAGACACGGACAUCCUGACACCCGCGCUGGACAGCAUUUUGGUGCUUGCACGUACCGCUCUUGUCGUACGCAAUCCAGAUACAUACAGCAGCGCAUGGGAGUUGCUUCAGCGUGCCAAGACCAUGCUGUUCUGGUACAUCGACGAUGCAAGUUCUGAGACCGGUAUUCGUGCGAAGGUCGACGAAUCCCCAGGACACCAUUUAACCCUCGCGAAUUAUGUUCGUUGCCUCUCCGGUGCAUUCUACAAUAUCUCAGGAACUUUGUAUCAAACUGACCGGAUUUCACAUGCCAUUCGGUUCUUGAAUGAGGGAUGUGAACUUGGCAGGAGAGCAUUGUGCAUGCGCCGCAUGUGUUCGGACCCUAACAAGCCGCCACGAGAAGGCAUCAAAGACCGGGAUGAGGAGGGAUGGGUACAGCUGGAAGAGCAGAUAUGGCGCCGAUGGGAGAUACUGGGAGCUUGUCUUGUGAAGAUUGGCGACCGGAGGGCAGCAUACGAUGCUUUUAUUGAAUGCAUCAGAGCAUUUCCCUUCCAUGACGCAUCCUUUCAAGGUCGUCUACGAACAUCUGACGUGCCGGCAGCUUUCGAAGCAUCGACGGCCUUGAAGCAAGUAGGUACCGUCAUCGAUAGAGUCACCUACAUGGGCGCGUGCGACCUUUUCUUCGAACCGUCGGCAAUCUCGGCGAAGACAUGGUUUACGGCAGCAAUUGCCCGCACACCUAGCGCAGCGUGUAUCCUUGGGGCGCUCCUUGAGCGUCAGGUCGCAAGUCUCCUGAGCUGCAGAUGGAAGCGCGGCGUCCAUAGUGUCAUUCAGCAGAUACUGAGGGAUGCAUUGGACGUGUACGCUGCGCGAGAACUUCCUGUCCGGAGGGCGCGAGUGUUCUUGCUCGCGCUGGAGAUGAUGUACUUCGCGGAAGGCGAAAUUGAGCGAUCGUCUGGAGCCGCGGUACAAGAAAGCGGCCAGCAUAUCAAAGCGCUGCUCCAACAAGAGGACUACGCCUCAGACUUUGAUCUGAGUCACAACCGUACUGAGUAUCUGGUUAGGUUACAUCUGUGGCUCGCACUUCACAGACAUAGAUGUGCAGAGGAGGGAACGCAUAGCGCGUCUCUUGCUGUACAGGAAAUCGAAGAGGCGUAUAGGCUGCUAAGAACCAUGGUGCCUCAUGCCCCACGACAGUCAGGCCCCAGAGGUUCACUUGGCGCUAUCAAAGGAAGAUCACCUAAGGUGGAAAGUCAGAGGCCUAUGAGGAAGACAGCUAGGAAGAUAGUGCCUCCGGCCAAACCACGGGCAGCUACGCUGAAGCCCCGCUUAACGAAGACAACGAAGUCGGAAGCUCCGGUUACUCCGAAGCGACGCCAAGCCCUACACGAUGUUUCGCCAAACGUACAGUCAGAGCAGAAGCUCCUGCAUGCUGUUGAAACGAUAGCUUCAAAUCUUGUCGAUCACUCUCAACUAAUGACCUUACUUCGGAUGACGUCCCGAUUGUUGGGCUUUCUGGGUCACCAGCUAUUGAAGCUCCGCCUACUCACGCUGGCGAGAAGGCUCAGUGUCAAGUCGGAUCAAGUACUGACCGAAGAUUUCGUGCUAAUGUCAAUAGAUGUCGCCCACGAACACAUCAAACUUGGAAGACCAGAGAAGGCAGUUUCAAUCCUGUCUCAGGUCUUCGCGAACGCUUCCUUGAGCUUACUCGCUCCGGAAACCCGCGUCACAGUCCUGCUUUGCUAUUCUGAAUCGCUGGCUGCCGCAGGACGCACAUCAGAAGGAGCGCAAGCAUACCGUGAUGCUCUUUCUCUGUCGGAAACCCUGAUCACUCAGGAGAAGGGACUGAGCACUGCACAACGAGUAAAGCAACGUGCUAUGACGCUAGAGCGCGCUGCUGCCGCGUCAAUGACGUUCUCCGCCCUCCAAUACUCCAAGGACAAUAUAUUUGCUGCUGUAGAUGGUCUCCUGCAAGCCCUCCGAUUAUGGAACCGCACCAUAGAUACGCUCUCUCGUCUUCGACUGCGCCCAACAGCGAAGGUGGAUAGUGAACCUGACAAUCCGUUCGAGGUCACAGACAAUGGCAAGGACGACGCAGGACGUGAACCUCCUGCUCAAGUUGCGGAAUCUACACCAUCAAGGAGUUAUUCAGCAACAGACUUGAUGGAGUGGCGGAUAAUCGACGGCCUUCUAGAGACGCUUGUUGCGCUCACCCAGGCUUAUCACACUCGUGGAUCACCACGUGAAGCAGAAUAUUUUGCGCAGCAGGCAAAUGAACUAGCCAAGUCAAUGAACGCGCCUGCGACAAUUAGCAGAGCACUGGCGCUACAAGCAGAGACACUGCUCCAUCUUGGUCAGGUGGAGGAAAGCCACAGCAAGAUUGUGCAGGCACAUAGCUUUGCAUCCAACAUGUCUGGGCUCCACGCCGCUGACAUUCGCCGCUUGCGCGGGGAAUUCCAACACAGAAGUGCCAGAUACGAAGAAGCGAUACAACUGUACGAGGAAGCCGUAGUAUUGUUAGACGAAUUGGCAAGAUCGUUCUCAUCCCUAGACGCAGUCAAUGUAAGGAAAUCUUCCGCCAUCUCUCCUCGAUCAAUCGGUCAGGCACAAGCCCCACGGAUAACGGGCGAAACACUAGCACCGACGGUUCUCGCUAUUAUUCUACGGCAACACAUAUCACUUCUGAAACACUCUGGCGACGAUUGCAGAGUACUUCUUGACCGAUUCUCUUCACUACCCACGUCUGCUGAGACAAAGGCAGAGAGGAGCGUAUUGCUGGCAAGAAUGACUCUUGAUGAUGUCUGGUCUCAAUUCCGCACUGACAUGUUCCUCAACUCUCUCACCGAAUCAGCUAUUACAAUACCAACCGGCAUGUCGAGUGACAGACUGCUCACUUCUUCUGCUGCUGCGCAGGAAGUAUUAGGCCAAUUGACCAGUGUAGUGAAUUUGUUACGAACAGAUUUACCGUUGAUUGUGCGACGCGGCACAGUUACACACAUCAGGGAGACCUCUAUAUCUCUAGCCCUGAUGGAGACUUUGCGCAGCUCUCUUGGAACAGAGGAUAAUCUGAUUGCGGACGCGAUCAGUCGGCUAGUCGAUGCAUCGACAGGGGUCACGUUACGGCGAGAGAUGCUCGAGGCUAUCAAACACAAGUUCCUGGAUCCUGUUGCUUACAACGAUUUGCAAUGGCCCUCUCUGGGUGUGGAUGCCCCUGCUGGCAACGUCAAACGAGCACACCAGCGUCUCAACUCGGACCCCUUUGACAACUCAGAUGACGAGGUGGAUCUGACAGCUUCACCCUGGUUGCGCGACUACUGGAAUUCAGUCAAGAGUAGAUACCAAAGCGAGGGCCUAGCUCUUUCUGAUGCUUCCGCGUCGCAAUGCGAUAUUCUACCAGCUCAUUGGACUGUUCUCAAUAUCAGCGUCACUGACGACAAAAAUACUCUCCUCGUCACUCGUCGAAGGGCGCAUCGAAAACCAUUAGUUUUCUGCUUACCGCUCAAAGGUCGUCGCGAGAACGAAGCGGAUGAGCAUUUAGCAUUUAGUGACGUAAUGAACGAACUCAAGGAUAUCCUCCGUCUAAAUGACGAAGGGACUAGGCAGGCAGCUAGCGUCACUAAGGGCGACAAAGCAGCGAGGGCGGCUUGGUGGGCCAACCGCACUGCUCUUGACAAGAAGCUACAGGAACUUCUCCAGAAUAUCGAGUUCUGCUGGUUUGGCGCCUUCAAGACCAUUUUGAGUGCGCCCAUAGACAUCCCCUCUCAAGUCCUCGAUAGACUGCGGUCCCGCCUGGAACAGAUUUUCGCGGCCAGCCAUGUUUCCCGGGAGAAGAAGCAGAUGAUUCAAGCCAAGCUGGAUGAUAGCAUUCUCGAAUGCUUCGCUGCCCUUCCCAUAGGAAGCCGCGAUGAAGAGCUGGAGGAUCUGAUCUACCACAUUCUGGAUCUCUAUCAAUUCCACGGCGCGUCGGUCUCCAUCGCAGAAGUGGACAUUGAUCAACUCGUCGUCGAUCUGCGAGGCGUGUUGGAAGAGCACGCAGCAAAGACGGCGCGAUUUACAAAGCCCGUUCAGGACAGUCAUACGUUCUUGGUCUUGGACAAGAACGUUCAGGGGAUUCCCUGGGAGUCGCUACCGAUGCUCCGUGGUCAGACUGUCCUUCGUGUUCCGAACCUCGAUUUCCUCAUGGAUCGUGUCGAUUACGCACAUCAGCAUAAUGCGUUCAAUCGGGUUCUGCCACAGCCCAAUGACGCGGCAGUCGACCGCAUAGCGGUGAAUGCCCGCAAGGCGUAUUGUUUCCUCAAUCCCAGCGGAGAUCUUAAGAACACCGAGCAGCGAUUUUCAGCAUGGCUAGGGAGUAUGAAGUCUGUUGGUUGGGAUGGUUUGGUGGGACGGACUCCGAGCGAACAACAGUUCGCAGAUGCCCUAACACGGAACGAUCUUGUGAUAUAUUUCGGGCAUGGCGGUGCCGAGCAGUAUAUACGAUCCUCAAAAAUUCGCCAUCUGCAGCGCUGUGCGGCAACCAUGCUUUGGGGUUGCUCCUCGGGUACGCUGCGGGAAAUGGGCGACUUUGACCGCAUAGGCACUCCACAUAACUAUAUGCUUGCUGGAUGCCCGACGCUCGUGGCUAAUCUGUGGGACGUUACAGACCGUGACAUCGAUAAAUACUCGCAAGUUGUCUUUGACCAGUUGCAUCUGACACCCGAAGGCGUCGCCCAGCCCCGCCCCAAAGGCAAGGCGGUAUCAGUCGCGAAGGCGGUUGCAGAUGCGCGAAGUUGCUGUAAAUUGAAGUAUCUUACUGGUGCUGCCCCCGUGAUCUACGGCAUACCAUUCUAUUUAUGA